AUGAAGCUCUCUAUCUUCGUUCCUCUGGCGACUUUCUUGUCUUUCGUUGCUGCUGAAGCAAGUGGCGCAGCGGUUGACCCUGAUGACAUCAGCAACUGCCUUAUGCAAUGUCUGUCUGAGUCCGCUUUGGUCGCAGGAUGUGCUUCGGCCUUCGAUAACAAGUGCACAUGCCCAAGCAAGGCUUUCAAGGACACCUUGACUGUCUGCUUAAAAGAUGCUUGCACGGCGGCGGAUGUAGAAGGUGAGCUCCUGCACUUUGACACUCUCAUAUCACCAACAUACCUGAAUCUGACAAUGUUCGAUAAUGAUAGUUGCUGGGCAAUUGCAUCAAGAACGCUGUGGGACUACACCAUCUCAAUAGACCAUUUUGUGUAG